AUGGAUGAGGUCCUCAGCUCCCCCAUGUGCAUUAUAUGCUUCACUAAAGCUCUUGGCCAUGUGUUUAAAACAUAUUUGAUGGCCAAUUACAACUCUGAGUUGAGGAGCUGUCCCGUGGACUUCCGAUGGGAUGAGGCAGGUGGCAAGGAUAGCAGCCCUGGCCACCGGGCUGCAUCCCAGACCACAGCCAGAGAGGGUCUGCUGAGAUCAGCUCUGCACGGAGGGCCGAGGACCACCCAGUGUAACUACCUCCACAAGAUGAAGCAGUUGCCUGGCCAGCUGGUCUGUUAUAUGGUGGCUCACUCCUUAGGCCGGUGGCUACUUUACCCAGGCUCCCUGUACCUCAUGCAGAAAGCCCUGCUGCCUUUACUGGUGAAGGGGCAGGCUCGCCUGCUGGAGGAGUUUCACGGGAAGCGAGCCAAGCUGGUGGCUCGCGAUGGGAACGAGAUCGACACCAUGUUUGUGGACAGGAGAAAGAGCUCAGGGAUGGAGGAGGAGCAGCAAGGGAAGCAGCUGGUGAUCUGCUGCGAGGGGAAUGUUGGUUUCUAUGAAGUGGGGUGUCUCUCCACCCCACUGGAGGCUGGCUACUCGGCCCUGGGGUGGAACCACCCUGGCUAUGCUGGGAGCACGGGCCUGCCCUUCCCACAGAAUGACGCCAAUGCUGUGGACGUGGUAAUCCAGUAUGCCAUCUGCCGCCUGGGUUUUCAGGUGCAAGACAUCAUCCUCUAUGGCUGGUCCCUGGGGGGCUACACAGCCACCUGGGCUGCCAAGACCUACCCAGAGCUGGGGGCCUUGGUGCUGGACGCCACCUUCGACGACCUGCUCCCCCUGGCCCUGAAGGUCAUGCCCAAGAGCUGGACCAAGCUGGUGGUCCAGACGGUGCGGCAGCACUUCAACCUCAAUGUAGCUGAGCAGCUCUGCAGCUACCUGGGGCCGGUGCUGCUGAUCCGGAGGACUGAGGAUGAAGUCACCACCACCCGCAUCAGUGCCGCGGACCAGCUCGCUGACAUCAAGUCCAACAGAGGCAAUGAGCUGCUCUUGCAGCUGCUGAAGUACCGCUACCCCGAGGUCAUGUCCUGGGAAGGGGAGGCGGCCGUCCGUCACUGGCUGCGAGCCUCCAACCCCAGGCAGGAAGAGGCCGUCUGCAGGCGCUUCGAGGUGGAUGAUGACUGGUGUGUCAGCAAGUUGCAAGGCUACAAAUCCUGUCUCGGAGGUGAAGACAGCUUCCCCUGGAGGGUCGGGAAGGAUGUGACCCCCAGGAGAAGGCAGCAGCUGGCCUUGUUUCUGGCCAGGAAGCACAUGAAGAAUGUGGAGGCCACACACUGGUCUCUCUUACUGCCCAAUGAAUUCCAGAUGCCCUGGAAGCUGUAG